AUUAGUGUAACGAAGACAAAAUCUGGUAUCAAACUUUCUAAGAAAGAUGACGAAUAUCCAAUGACAGAUAUAACAGAUUAUCCAUACCUUGUUCAAAGGAAAUCGCUUGCUGCUUCCUAUUUCAGAAAAUUUGAUUCUCUCAAACCAACAGAUCGAAAUUCAAUACAAUGUACAGCCUUCAGAAGUCGAUUUGGUAGAGGGGGUCGUAGAAGAAGGAUUAUCGAUCGUCUUGACGUCUUUUCCUAUCGACGCAUACGAGAGACCAACGAAAGGUACAAGUAUGAUUCAGAUGGAAUUGAUGAUGUUUUCAGUGACGACGAGUUGAACCAAGAUGAUGAAGAGAAGGAAGAAAAUUACACAGAAAAUAUAAUCCGGUUUCAUUUGUUUAAAGAGGAGGAUUAUCAAAAUCUUGGCGUUUAUCGUCGGAUACAAAAAGAAAAACAAAGUUCUCCUACGAAACAACAAAGCUUCGAUGCUUUAACGGGAAACAAUAUACCUGCUCAAAAUCCUCAACAUACACCUUUAACUUUAACAAAUCCAGAACAGCGAAUAAAUGAACUGCGUCUUGCGUCUCGUUCAAAUACGGAAUCUCGCACUGUCUCACAAUUAGAUGCUCGCGCGAAUCAAGAUUCUCGUCAAAAAAUAGAUUUGGAUCAUCGCACAGGUGCUGACUCUCGAAUCAAUAAUAUGAGAAAUAAUGGACUAGAUGCCCGUGCGAAUGUUAAUAAUAUAUCGAAUGUUGACUCACGUACAUUUAUCGAUUCGCGUACUUAUAAUGGUUUGAAUCGAAAUCAAAGUGUCAAUACUGAAUCAAGUUCAAGACUAGUCAACAGUGUUAAUACUGCAGAUCCACGGGCACAUAACGGUCUUAUUUUAAGACCUACUGUGACGUUGAAUCAUCGCGAAAACAUGACGAAUCCAUAUAGACGCCCAAUACCAAAAAAUAUUCGGAUGCCAGAUGAUCCCAAUAAUAAUUCUAUCGGAGGUGUUACAAACGUUGUAUCUGCUCUAAAUGGGUUGACGCCUGCAUCACUAGCUGUAGGAUCAAACAAUACAAGUAUAUCAGCCACCAGUUCACUUGCUAAAAAUCCAAUUACACAAAUAAAUUCUUCAGCAAGACCAUUAUCAAGUAAUAACAACACAAAUGGUCAAGGAAAUGGCGAUGGACUUACACGUACAUUAUCUAACCCAGGAAUGAUUACAAACAAUGCGGGACAACUAGUAGGACAGAUUUUAAUGAGUUCUUCAGGUCAGAUGUUAGAUCCCAGUAAGAUUAAUGUGAACUCUGCAGGUCAAUUAGAAGCACAAAAGAUUAAUACGGUUAAACAACAAAGAAAUAGAGUACAGUUUACUCCAGAACAAAUAAGCCAACUUUCUGAUUCAAAUCCAGCUUUUAUGCAACAAAUGCAAAAAAUAAUGUCUAUGAAAUCAUCGUCGAAUCCUUCUACAAGCACUGUUACUCAACAAAUAAAUAAUCAAAAUAGUCAACGUCAAACUACAGUUCAAACUUCAAGGCAACAAAAUAUUACAGUGCCAAGUGUUGGAUCAAACAUACCUUCUAAUUCCACUGUUCCACAAAACAUUGUUCUUUCAUCUGGGAUGGUACAAUCCCCUAUGAGGCAGAAUAACAUAGUACAAUCAAGUGGAUCGAGCGGUUCAGUGCCUCAAAAUUUUGCCCUUGCUAAUGGGUUCAAUAUAUCGCCAUCAUCUGGAUCGUCAAAUGUAAGACAAAAUAUUGUACAAUCAAAUGGUGUAUUGAGACAACAAAAUGUUUCUAUUGGUGUUAAUGGAUCACAAAACAAUGUGAACGCUAACAUAUCUCUUGGCUCGCAGACGAUCAAUGUGAAUCCAAAUGUCACAAUUGGCACCAACGGUCCUCAACGAUUCGUUCAUCCAAUUCAUCAAAAUGGUAUAGUUAACAUUAAUAAUAUGCCCGGUGUUAUUUCAACAAAUGGACAAUCAACUCCUAUAAGAACCAUCAAUUUAGGAAAUCGAAGCUAUACACUUGGAGCAGCUAAUAAUAUGGUUCAACUUAACGGAAUGAGACCAGGUUUAGCUAACAUGGGGGUUAACCCUAUUAAUGCUAGACACCUUGGCACUUCAACAAAUCUUCGACAGAUGGUGCCUAUAAUGAGUCAAAAUGUGUUAAACGGUGCAAUGUUAAAUAAUCUAAUACUUCCAAGUCAAAGUCCAAGACAAAAUAACGUAAGCCCAUCAAGUGUAUCGACUUCAAAUGGUGGCAACAAUUCUGUUGGAACACCUUCACCACAACCUCAAGCAGAACAAAGAACUGUUCGUUAGAGUGUUAUGUAUAUACUUUUUUGGGGUGAAGGAAUUAAUUUUAGCAAGAACUUUAUAUUAAUAUUUUCUUUCCAAAGAUAAUUAAUUAGGGAAAAUUUUUCCCUUCAAUUGAAAAAAAAAAUGAAAGGCUUGAUUUUGAUUAUUCAGAGAAUAUUUUCAGAACCAGCAAGCAGUUCUUAAUAUAACACUCACCAUAUAAAAGGAAAAAAAAAUGAAUUAGUUUUUG